UGACUUUAGCAUUGGGACUGCAUCAAAUUGACCGAAGACAAAUCCAAUUUCCCAACCCCCCUUCACUACCACUCCCAACAAACCAUAAUUUCUCCAUCUGGAGAGAGAGAGAGAGAGAGAGAGACCAGGCGAUCCUCCACCGAUGUCUUCACUGUUUGCUCAUUAUUGCCUCUUCCUACUCCUUGUAUUCACUCUCUCAACCUCAUCCUCCUCCUCCUCCUCCGCCGCCGCCGUCAAUGACACGCUCACGGCGUACGAAGUCCUAGAGGAAUACGAUUUCCCCAUCGGUCUUCUCCCACAAGGCGUCACCGGCUACGAACUGGACACGUCAACAGGAAAAUUCUCGGCCUACUUGAACAGCAGCUGCACAUUCACCAUCAGCAGCUACAAGCUCAAGUAUAAGAGCACAAUCACGGGCGUCAUAACCACGGACAAUCUGUACAAGCUGAGCGGAAUCAGCGUCAAAGUACUCUUCCUUUGGCUCAACAUUGCUGAGGUCAUUCGCGAUGGCGACGAGCUCGAAUUCUCCGUCGGAAUCGCCUCCGCCGAUUUCCCCGUUGAUGGCUUUGACGAGUGCCCGCAGUGUGGCUGUGGAUUUGAUUGUGACGACGUCAGUGGGGGAAGAAUGAGAUCCAGGAGAGGGGUUAUUUUCAAUUUGUAUCGUGUUUUAUCCGAUUUGUUGAAUUGAUUUCUUAUCUAUGCUGACAAUGCUGUAACCUGCAUGUGUUUUGGAACUGAAAUAUGUGCUGUUCGAUCGGAAUAUGCCUUUUUUUCACCAAUGGUACGACUGUUUGUUGGUCAA